GGGACAGCAGCGGGACAUGGCGCUGGAAUAAGGGACUGUCCCUUCAAAUAAGGGACACUUGACAGCUAUGGUACAAUUCAGUGCAAACUCCUUGUGGUUCAAAAUAUCAGAAAUGGCUACUGAGCACUAGCCCUGUGCCUUGCUUCUGGAAAGUGGCUUUUUCACUGAGUACAGCAGCAGCAUACUCCCAAGCAACAAUAGCUUCCAUAGCUUUUAGACUCUGCUUUCUUUUCACUCUUAAGAAAUUUGAUCAAAUCUAAUUUUUUGGAGGGAUGGGGCAACAGAUUCCAUAGAAGAUCCAGAUUGUCUUUUUCCAUGUGGGAUAUUUAAGAUAAUUCCUUUCCACAGUCUUUGGAGGAAUAGUCUCCUCACAGGGGCAUGGGCCCAAGGCAAAGACCCUGACUGAGUACAAGACCCUUCAGCUUGUGCUAAAAGGCUCACACCUCUGACAAGGCAGCUUUUAAAGUUACCUGGAGGGAAGGAGAAUAGGCAGCCCCUAUAAGCUGAACAGCCUCCAAUUGAAUUACCCCUUAAUGCCAUUGAAUUGCUCCUUGGGAUCCUGUUAUGCAGUCUGGAGAUUUUAGGCAUCACUCCCAAACUUAGUUCUGCUGGUGUUGGAGAUGUAUUCAUAGAAGUGAAGUUUCUGUUCUUUCCAAGUAUAUCCUGAGGCUGUUGCAGCAGAUUUCUCAAUUAUUCUCAGAAGACAUUUCUCCCUCCACUAAACGCACCAUCGUGAGUCAUUUGUUGCUAAAUCACCCUAUUUUUGUGCUCAAAGUGGCCUAAUCAUUAUGGGAAUAAUGGCAAGGAAAUGAGGUUUGGUUGGGUUGCUGUUGUUUUUUUUUAGCAAGUGAAAAAUGCAUAUGUGGCUUAAAUUAACAGUAAAUGUACUCUAAUGGGAUUGGCACCCAGAGGCUCUAAUUAAGGGUUAAAAUCAAACAAGACGCACAAUUUUGGGACUUAAUUGCUCCCUGGUUCGUGCGUCAUUGCUUGUGUUUGGAAGGAGAUGGGAGGGGGAAGGGGUAGUGGUGGUUGCGAGGAGGAGGGGGUUCUUUGAAUAAAAAACAUUUAAGUGUGCGCCCCCUCCCCUAAAAAGGGGGGGAAAGGUACAGAAUAUAACUUGCAAGCAAGUAGCUCCUGGCAGAACUGAACCAGAUGGCACUCCUUGCGCACCUCAUGCGCUGCCUGUUUCUGCUGGUGGUGAUCUACUCCUGUCCCGCACCCGCUACACUUCCUGUUCCAGAAGGACUUGCGUGGAAAGACAGCAAGUAUUCGCAGGCACAGACAGACAUAAAAAGAAGUGAGCUGCUUGCUUUCCUUUCUGGCCUCGCCGACUGGGUAUCUCGUACGAAUGAGGCACCACUAUCAAGGCAGGAAAAGGCUGGGCUCAGCUCUCGGGAAGACAGAGCCCCUCAUCCUCAUCCUCAGCCCCCAGCCCGGGAAAAGGCACCCUGUAAGAACUUCUUCUGGAAGACUUUCUCUUCCUGCUAACGAAAAUUACUUCUUGGGAUGUUGCCCUAGCACCAGUGGACUCGAGAUGGCUAUGAUCGGUGACUUCUCUCCUUGAGCAGCAAGUGCUGCUAUGUAAUUUAAAAUUUCUCCUUUCCCUUUUGUUGAUAAUAGAUGUGUGCAUAAAGAACCAAAUCAGUAUGCUCAUAACUCCCAACUCAUGUGCAGAUGUGUUCGUAGGGCAUUUAACUGAUGUUCCCCAUCUCAUUCAGACUGAAAUAAAGCACACUCCAUGUAUAUUUGCCUGUAAAUAACUUCUACACAUUUCCAACCAAUUACUAGGCGUGCUAGUGCACCAUGUCAAAAGAGAGAUGUGUGCUCCUUGCUGUUAUAAUUGUGUUGUGGAUGUGUUUGGGCAGCCUAUAGCACUGGAGAGUAAGAGGGACAUGUACCAUUAAAAAAAACAAAAACCCCAAGAAUUGUUCUGUUAAUUACCGGUACAUUUUUUAUCCCACUUAUCCUCUAAGUUGAGAUUCUUAGAAACCUCAGUCCUGUGUUGUUUUUCUGGGCUUCCACCGAAUCACAGUAUAAAUGCAGUUCUGCCUAUAUUUCUUUGAAUCCAUUAAAAAUGCAGAUGACUGCAUUGUACUCUUACAUGUACAACAUACCCCAACAACAGAUGGUUAGAACUGAGAGUUAAAUGCAUUUACUUCAAAAGAAGCCCUGUGGAUCUCCACUUCUCACAAGUGUGUUUAAGAGCACAGCCUUGGUUUCUCGGAACUUUUUGUUCAUUUAAAAUUGGAGCAUGGAAACCAGAUCAUGAAAUGUUUUUGUUAAAGAAAUUUAGGAAAUUUAAACACACACACACACACACACACCAGCAACCAGGCUAGUCACUGGUAUAGUGAAGUGUUUUCUGCCAAGCUGCAUAACCUUGAAUUGACGUGCCGUUCUUUGUGGGAGAGAAGGAAUGAACAACACACACAAACAUAUUGGGGGAAAGCUUCAGCUGUUCCUCACGGAUUCUCACCAGCACACUAAAGAGUGUUGUCCCAACUUGUCUUUCCUCUGCUGUUUGCUAGUGCUAAGCUUGUCUCCUAGUACAAAUAAGCCUUUAGAUUCUGAAAUAAAACUUUGCUGUGUGCAUACGUAAA